CACAAGGGGUGUGGGAGAGAAAGUUGGUUAUAAAAGAAAAAGCUAUCCAGUAAUAGCAGUAGCAGUUGUACACUCCACAAAAUCACCUUAAAAAGUAUGGCCAUGGCGAUGACUACUCUCAUUUCUAAAACUGCCAUUUCCAUUUGCCCUUCAACCACAACUUCAAUGGCUAUUGCAUUUAACUCUGCCUCCGCAUUUUGCCCUCAAUUUAGGCCUAAACCCACUUCUCCUCUCUUCUCUAAACCUCUUUUUUCUCUCUCUUCCAGGCAAUCUUCUUCUCGGAUUAUCAAUGCUUUUGCCAAAGAUGAAUUUUCAGGUCGUGUUGGGUUUCUUGGUCUGGGAAUCAUGGGUUCUCCAAUGGCCCAAAAUCUCAUUAAGGCCGGAUGUGAUGUGACUGUCUGGAAUAGGACAAAGAGCAAAUGUGAUCCUCUCAUCAGCCUUGGUGCUACGUAUAAACCCUCUCCAGAAGAAGUAGCUGCGUCUUGUGAUGUGACAUUUGCCAUGCUUGCUGAUCCUGAUAGUGCAAUGGAUGUUGCAUGUGGGAAGAAUGGAGCUGCAAAUGGCAUGGGUCCAGGCAAAGGGUAUGUAGACAUCUCAACAGUUGAUGACGGAACAUCUAAACUUAUAAGUGAGCGUAUUAAAGCAACUGGGGCAUCAUUCUUGGAGGCUCCAGUUUCUGGGUCCAAAAAACCAGCAGAGGAUGGGCAACUAAUUUUUCUUACAGCAGGUGACCAGUCUCUAUACGAAAAGGUUACUCCCCUCUUAGACAUCAUGGGAAAGUCAAAAUUCUAUCUUGGAGAUAUUGGCAAUGGAGCCACAAUGAAACUUGUUGUGAACAUGAUCAUGGGAAGUAUGAUGGCAUCGUUUUCUGAAGGACUGCUGCUUAGUGAAAAAGUUGGGCUGGAUCCAAGUGUGCUUGUUGAGGUAAUCACACAAGGUGCAAUUAGUGCACCAAUGUACAAACUUAAGGGCCCAUCAAUGAUCCAAUCUCAAUAUCCUACAGCAUUUCCCUUAAAACAUCAGCAGAAGGAUUUAAGGCUUGCUCUUGGAUUAGCAGAGUCUGUUUCUCAACCAAUACCAAUUGCAGCGGCUACAAAUGAGCUUUACAAGAUUGCCAAAUCUCGUGGCCUAAGCGAGCAGGACUUCUCAGCUGUCAUUGAAGCUCUGAAAUCCAACACUACAGUAUAAGCAGCAACAAGUUUAAUCCUGUAGAAAUCUGACUCACUUUUGCAUGAAUGCAGUGUACCAAAUAAAACAAAUCAUACCGAUUAUUUAAUUCCUUCUUCGCCCUCCCCUCUCUUGAUAUUUCCCUACAUGAGUAGCCCUCUCUUAAUAAACCUUCACUUUGCAUAUCUACUUUGUGGGCAGAAUUUCCACCUUUAAUAUGCAAUUAACGGUUAUAUAUGGUGCUGAUGAGUUGGAGACUAUGUUUAAUCCGAAUGAUGUUAGAGUCUUUCUCAAAGCUCUAGUGUUUAUUUUA